UAUAUCGGUCAUCGUUUGUUUUUUAAACCUUUCUCUGUCCUUUCUCAUUAAGUUUACCUGCAGUUGUUUUUGUUUAAUUGUUUAAUCAAUCAUCAUGAACAACAUUAAUGGAAGACAGGAUGAUCUUGCUUCGGAUAUGGUUGUGCCUGAAAGGAUAAUUGUUAUUGGAGGAGAUAAAAUGGCUUCAACUCGUGAGCUUUUACCUGAAGCUGGAUUUGAAAAUCAUCUUUUAGGUGAUAACAGAAACAAUCCAAUUGACUUACCUUCGCCCCCUUCUGUAUUAACCUAUGAGGCCUAUUCACAGCCAAAUGAUGAUUUUAGAUGGAGAAAUGAAGUUACUCCGAGACCAAAUCGAGUGAAAAUUGCUCCUAUGGCAAUGAAUGGUGAUGAUUAUACUCCUGUCAAAGAUGAUUACACUCCUGCAAGAGACUCCAGAAUGAUGAGCAGUUUUGAAAGUAAUUCAACUCCAGCUGAUGCAGUUUCAGCAUUGAGACAACAAAUAAGAUCACUUAAUCGACGUAUAUCUGCCAUAGAAAGAGAGAAUCGCCAAAAAGACCAAAGAGAUAUGAUAAUCUAUUCCGUUGGCCUGGUAUACAUUGCAAUCAAAACAUUGAUGUACAUUAAGAGAAAUAUACUUUAGAUAAUGAUAACAAUUUUAUUUCAUUUACAUAAAUCAUGUUCCAAUGUUAAAAGAUUACUUGUUUGUUGUUUAUCUAUUCUCAACUUUUAAACCCUCAAUCUUCAAUCCAUUAGUCUCUUCAAUUUUGGUUUCACAUCCCUGUUUCACCCUUUUGCCUUGUAAUCUCAUUCUUGAUACUAGCAUUGGUUAUGUUUUUAUCAACAAAGUUCCAUUAAUAAUGGCUUAAUAUUAAUAUGAUCGAGUAUCAAAUUAAUUUGAUCUUCU